AUGAAUAUAUACGAUGAUGUGCUUGAUGCAACUGUUGUUUCGAGUUCUUUAGUAGGGCAUUUCACUAGUGAGGACUAUAAAGAAUUGAUUACGGUUAGAACAAACAUUUUAUCUAUUUUCCAAGUGGAUAAAUCAACUAAUAAAUUACAUCUAAAUUACGAGUUCAAAUUAAACGGAAGAGUAUCAGAUAUUGCUUUGAUUAAGCAAGUUGAUUCAAAACUUGAUUACUUGAUUAUUUUAACGGCUACUGCAAAAUUAUCUCUUGUGAAUUUUAAUGUUUUCACCAAUUCAUUGGAAACUAUAAGUCUUCAUUAUUAUGAAGAUAAAUUUAGACAAAAUUCCAUUCUAAAGUUAGCAAAAGAAUCGAAGUUAAGGAUAGACCAAGCUAAAAAUUGUGUUUUAUUAUUUAAUAAUGAUAAUAUAGCAAUUUUGCCAAUCUCUUCAACAACUGAUGAAUUUGAAGAUGAAGAUCUCGGACAAGAAUCAAGUGCUAAGACAGUAAAGAGAGGUAAUAUGUCAAUUAAAUUUCCAUCUCAAUCUCAGAAAAAGAAUAAAAUUACUAAUUCGAGUAUAAUUUUAAAAUCGACUGAAUUAAAUUCAAAAAUUCAAAAUAUUAUAGAUAUUCAAUUUCUAUCGAAUUUCUCAAAGCCAACGCUUUCUGUCUUAUAUCAACCAAAAUUAGCAUGGAUUGGCAAUUCGAAUUUGGUAACCUUACCUACACAAUAUAUGAUACUUACAUUAAAUAUUCUCGAAAGAGAAAAUAUUAAAUCACAAGAAAAUGGUGAAAAUUCUUUAAAUCAGGAUUUAAUUGAAACAACUAUCAUAGGUCAAGUAUCUGAGUUACCUUAUGAAUUGCAUACUAUUAUUCCUUUGAACAAUGGUAGUACUUUAGUUGGUUCUAAUGAGAUAAUAUAUAUUGACCAUACUGGUGUAUUACAAUCAUUAAUUAUUAUUAACCAAUUUCAAGAUAAAGAAACUUUGAAAAAAGGAAGAGUAAUUGAUAAAUCUAAACAAAAUAUAAUCCUAAACAAACCUAUUAAAUUCAUAAAUGCAGGAAGUAGGGUUGAAUCAAAUAACGUGGAUGAUAAAAAUAAUGUUUUAAUAUUUGAUGAAAACAAUAAUAUUUAUUUAGUUAAUAUUACUUUAGAGGGCCGGUUAUUGAUUAAUUUUGAUAUAAACAAAUUACCAAUAGUCAAUGACGUAUUAAGGGAAAAUUCUAAUCCUUUGUGCAUAUCAUGUCUACGCUCUGACAUUAAAAAGAAAUUUACUGAUCUAUAUAUUGGUUAUCAAUCUGGUAAUGCAUUAUUGUUGAGAUUAAAUAAUUUGGACUCUGCAAUAGACUCUAAAAAAGAAAAGGUAGAAACUAAAAUAAACACAUUAAUAUAUGCUGAGGAUGAUGAAGAUGAUUUAUAUAGCCAUGAAAAAGAAAGCACUGAUGAUGUUAAAAAUACACUGAAAAAAAUUGAAACUAUUCAACCAUUUGAUAUUGAAUUAUUAUCAUCUUAUAAAAAUAUUGGACAGUUAUCGUCUAUAGUUGUCGGUAAGACUUCAUCAGUCGAAAAAACCGUAAAGGGUUUACCUAAUCCAAACUCAGAUGAAUACUCCAUUGUAGCUACAUCUGGUCAUGGUACAGGAUCGCAUUUAACUGUUGUUCAACCAAGUGUAAAGCCUAGCAUAGAACUAGCAUUGAAGUUCAUUAGUGUUACUCAAAUAUGGAACCUAAAAUUUAAAUCUCACGAUAAAUAUUUGGUUACAACAGACUCCAAAAAUAAUAAAAGUGCAAUUUACCAAUCCUCAAGAGGUUUUGAACUUUAUAAAGAAGGCAGAUUUAGAAGAGAUGCAACUACAGUUUAUGUUUCAAUGUUCGGUGAAGAUAAAAGAAUUGUUCAAGUCACAACUAAUCAUUUAUAUUUAUAUGAUACUAACUUCCGUCGCUUAACUACAAUGAACUUUGAGUUUGAGGUAGUUAACGUUUCGGUUUUAGAUCCAUAUAUUCUGAUUACAUUAUCUCGUGGUGACAUUAAAUUAUAUGAAUUAGAGGAAAACAGAAAGAGGAAAUUGUUUAGAGUUGAAUUACCUGAAAUUUUACCUGAAAUGGUCUUGACUUCUGGUGUGAUAUUGAAAAGUAAUAUGUGCAACGAAUUUUUAACUGAUUCAAAGAAUUCAGAUAAGGAGGAACUUUUAUUUACAUUUGUAACUGCGGAUAAUCAAAUUAUAUUUUUCCCAAGGAAUCAUAACGAUAGAAUUUUCCAAUUAAACGGUGUUGAUCAAUUAGAUGAAACAUUAUUUAUAAGCACCUACCAAUUACCACUUGAAGUUAUUCCGGAUCCUCAGAUUAAACAAGUCAUGAUCAAUAAAUUGGGUAAGGCUAACAAGGAAGAAUAUCUGACGAUUUUGACUUUUGGUGGUGAAAUUUAUCAAUAUCAGAAAUCCAUUAGAAGGCAUAGUAGAUUCCAUCGUAAUGUAACUAGAAAUAACCUAUCCAUAACUGGUGCACCGGAUAAUGCAUAUGCUAAAGGUGUCAGUUCAAUCGAAAGAAUAAUGCAUUAUAUACCAAAUUAUAAUGGUUAUUCUUCCAUUUUCAUCACUGGUAAUGAUCCAUAUAUUUUGCUAAAAGAAGAUGAUUCUGUGCCACGUAUAUUCAAAUUUGCAAAUAUCCCUCUAGUUUCGAUGUGCCCAUGGGGUAAAACAUCAGUCAUGUGUGUUGAUGAUAUAAAAAAUGCAAGAGUUUACACAUUAGAAGUGAAUAAUAUGUAUUAUGGUAACAAGCUACCACUCCUAAAGGUUACUUUAAGCGAUACUAUCGAAGAUUAUAUGACAUUAACUAAAAUUACAUACCAUGAAGGAUCUAAUAUGUAUAUUGUCGCUUACGCUAAGGAUAUUGAAUAUACAGCAAUUGGUGAAGAUGGUGAACGGUUAGUUGGCUCUAAUGAAGAACUUCCACACUCCAUGAGUACCCAAAGUGGUAUUUUAUUAAUAAAUCCAAAAACUUGGAAUGUUAUUGACAGAAAAGAUUAUGAAGCAAACACCAUUAUUAACGACAUUAGAACUAUGAUUAUUCAAUUAAAUUCAAAAACUAACUUUAAAAAAGAGUUAAUUGUUGUGGGUAUUUCGAAUGUUGGCACUGAAGAUUUGCCCCCAACAGGUUCCUUUUAUAUUUACAAUACUAAUGAAGUUGUUCCAGAUCCUAGUAAACCAGAUACUAACUAUAGAUUCAAAGACGUUUUCCAUGAACAGGUUAAAGGUACUAUUAAUAAUGUUUGUGAAAUAAGUGGCAGAUUUAUGGUAAAUCAAAGUCAAAAGUUGCUAGUGAGAGACAUCCAAGAAGAUGAGUCUGUCGUUCCUGUUGCAUUUCAUGACGUACCGGUUUUUGUAGCUGAUAUAAAAUCCUUUGGUAAUCUAUUUAUUGUCGGUGAUUCUAUGCAAGGUUUUCAAUUUGUAGGGUUUGAUGCAGAACCAUAUAGGAUGAUCAUGCUGGGAAGAAGUGUUUCGAAGUUCAAAACUAUGGCAUUAGACUUUGUAGUUAGAAACGGUGAAAUAUAUUUUGUAGUAUCCGAUACAGAUGACAUUUUACAUAUUUUAAAAUAUUCACCAGACGAACCAAAUUCUUUGUCAGGUCAACGUCUAGCACAUUAUUCAAGUUUCAAUAUACAUUCGACAAACACAUCGAUGCAUUUAUUACCGGCUAAUGAUGAAUUUAUAGAAAAUAAAGGUAACGGUUCAUCUAUUUUCCAAACAAUAGGUGCCAACUUGGACGGUUCCAUAUUUAAAAUACUACCCUUAUCUGAAGAUAGUUUCAGAAGAUUAUAUGUUAUUCAACAGCAAAUCAUUGAUACAGAAGUGCACGCUGCUGGUUUGAAUCCAAGAAUGGAAAGAUUGUCAAAUGAAUAUUAUCAACUUACAAAUGUAACAAGACCUUUAUUGGACUUUAACCUGAUAAGAAGAUACAGUAAUCUAUCAAUUAAGAAAAGAAAAUCUAUUGCUCAAAAAGCAGGCAGAAAUGCACAUUUUGAAGCUUGGAGAGAUAUUAUCAACGUUGAAUUUUCAUUGAGAUCAUUAACUACCAAAAAGUAA